UCUGCUAGCAGGAGAGGGAGGGUCAACAUGGCGUCUGAACAGGAGAGCUCCAAUGGGCCGGUGAAGAAGUCCAUGAGGGAGAAAGCUAUAGAGAGACGCACUAUUAAUAAGGAACACAACAGUAAUUUCAAAGCAGGCUAUGUACCCAUAGAAGAAGAACGUCUUCAUAAGACAGGGCUGAGAGGACGCAAGGGAAACAUGGCUGUUUGCAUUGUUGUCCUCCUCUUCCUCCUCGCCUUAAUUAACCUAAUUAUCACUCUGGUAAUAUGGACAGUGAUCCGUAUUGGUCCGAAUGGGUGCGACAGUAUGGAGUUCCAUGAGAAUGGUCUGCUGCGCUUCAAACAGAAGGCGGACAUGGGCAUUGUUCACCCACUGCACAAGAGCACAGUAGGAGGCCGCAAGGACCAGGACCUAGUCCUUGUCGGCAACAAUAAUCCGGUUGUGUUCCAGCAAGGCACCACUAAGCUGAGUGUGGAGAAGGACAAGACCUCAGUCGUCAGUGAUGUUGGCAUAUCUUUCACAGACCCUCGCACACAGAACACAUACUUCAGCACAGACUUUGAAAACCACGAGUUUCAUUUGCCUAAAGGAGUCAAAGUUCUCAGUGUUAAAAAGGCUUCAACAGAAAGGAUCACCAGCAAUGCAGCAAGUGACCUGAACAUUAAAGGGGACAGCAAGGCCAUCAUUCGUGGAAACGAGGGAGUCAACAUCAUGGGCCGGACUGUUGAGUUUAAAAUGGGUGGAGGCAUCGAGCUCAGGGCUGAGAACAGCAUCGUCCUCAAUGGAUCGGUUAUGUUCAAUGCCACACGCAUCCCUAACUCCGCAGGAGACGUGUAUUUCGAUGAAGGCAUGGAGAGGUACAAGCUCUGCAUGUGUGCAGAUGGGACUCUGUUCCGUGUGCAGGUGAAAUAUCCCAACAUGGGCUGCCAGACUUCAGAUAACCCAUGUAGAAGAAAUCACUAGGAGAUUUAACUGGAGUCUGCUUCUAUAUGUCCCUACAGUAUGUCACCACUGAAGUUACAUUACAAAUUUGCAUACAUAAAAAACUCUGUAGGACAUUAUUGCACAUAAUAAUACCUCUGCAGUUCACCUGACAAAUUCUGUAUUCCUCAUUUUGUUCACCAAACAAGAAUUGUGUUACAGAUUAUUGCCACUUGGCCAAAGAUAUGAACAAACUUGUAAUCGCUGAAGUAUUUUUAUUGUUCUGCAGGUGUGCCAACUUUAUCUAAAAAAAAUCCUAAUGCCAUAUCAUUACAUAACACUCCUACAUUUCACAUCAUACUGUGGUAUACACUGCUCAGUGAUAGGAAUUAGAAGCUACAGUGUUACUUUCUGCCUUACCGUCCAGUAUUACUAAAAUACAACACCUUGUAGAGGGGUUGUGUAAGAUUUUAUUUGUUCAUUGUUUUUGGCAGCUUUGUUUGAUUUUUUUCAUGAUUUUAUUCACUGACAGGUAUGAGACACUACAUGAUUACAGUGCUGUAUGUAAAAUUUAAUUUUGGAUAAAACACAAGAUCAAGUGAUUUAAUAACACUAAAGCAGAGUAGGUCUCUCUCUUGGACUGUCUAUCAUGCACGUGCCAAUGGAUUCACAAGGGAUGAUACAGAAUAUCAUAUAUAUGUAAUAUUCUAAUUUUGUUGCAAAACCUUUUUUACAUUGAAAUAAUACAAUAUUGAAAAACAGAAGGAGAGUGUGUGCUACAGAAUAAUGCAAAUCUCUUUAAAGUGUUGAUAAAUAUCAGGAAAGUUUAAAUCAGUAGUUUGGUUUGAAGCCUUUAUUGAGUGGUUUGAAUUUUGUGCAAUAUAAUAUAAAAUAUUUGACUUUUAUUUCACAU